AUGUCCAUGUCGACCUACGACCAUGCCCUCUUUGGUUCGGCAGCGGCUGUCCGUCUGCUGCUGACCUGGGCUUUUCCUGGUCUGCCCGACCUCCUCAGUGGACGUGUCGAGUUGUCCACGCCUGUGACGGGCUUCAAGAGAUUUCAAGAAGGUCUGUUCCUAUACAACCAUGGUCUAUCGCCUUACGACGGUGGUGUCUUCCACCAGGCCCCUCUACUCCUGCCGCUCUUCUCGCUCCUCCCUGAUCCCACACGCUACCCUCUGGUUACCGUCUUGCUAUACACAAUAGUCGAUCUGGCCAGCGCAUACGCUCUCAUGCAAAUCUUUGCUUCAGGCCAAUCCUACGCCACUCGCUUCUUCACAUCGUCGCGCGAAUCCAAGAGAUGGUCAUCUUCUGCUGUUGCUGCUGCAUACCUCUUCAACCCCUUUAUCAUCUUGACCUGCUUGGCUCGCUCCACCAAUGCCUUUGGAAACCUCUUCGUCCUCGUCGCUACAGCCAAGGCCUGCCGUGGCGCCUUUCUGACCUCGUCCUUGGCCCUGGCUAUCGCCUCAUACAUGUCCUUGAACCCUCUACUGCUACUUCCACCCAUCACCAUCCUGUGCUAUGACUCGUGGGUCCUGCGUCGCAAGAACACCAACCAGGCUGCAGCCGCUCCGACUUUGCUCGCAUUUGCUGUACGAUAUACCAUUGUAUUGGUCGCCGCCAUUGCCAUUUUAUUCGCUUUAUCAUAUGCACUGAUCGGCGACUGGUCCUUCAUCUCAUCCGUCUACGCCUCACGUCUUUUGCUACCUGACUUGACUCCCAAUGUCGGCCUGUGGUGGUACUUCUUCAUCGAAAUCUUCGACUCGUUCCGCAACUUCUUCUUGGGCGUCUUCUGGUUGCACAUGGCUUCAUAUUCGCCUGCUCUCACAAUCCGUCUUCGCGAUCAACCACUAGCCGCCAUCGUGCUUCUGUGCGGCAUUUUUGCAAUUUUCCAGCCAUACGCCAAUGUUGGUGAUGCUGGUUUCUGGCUUUCCAUGCUCUCCAUGUAUGGACAUGUUCAUGAACUUUCACGAUAUGCAUUCCCUGCCAUCAGCGCACUUAUAUACACAACUUUGCUCGGCCCCGCCUUCUACUAUCUCUGGGUGUAUGCCGGUAGCGGUAACGCAAACUUCUUCUAUGCCAUCACUCUGGUCUGGAGUCUGGCUUUGUCCGUGAUUCUGGCAGACAUCCUCCACGCCAUUAUCAGAGAUGAGUGGGAGAAAGAGCGCCCUGAAAUGAAAGGCAAAGAAGCUAAACAAAUAUGA